CCAUGGUUCGCCGGAACGCUAUCAAAGAUGGGCCCCACACAUGUGCUGUGCACGUGCUAAAAGCCCCGUCCGUACAUGAGGACCGUUAUAUCUGCUACGGACCAAACCCCGAAACCCUAGCCCCGCCGCUGCCGCCGCCGCCGCCGCCGCCGCCGAUGGCCUCCGCGCCCCCCAGCGUCGCAUUUCUCCCUGGUUUAAACCCUAGCUCCGCCGGCUCGAGCUCGAAGCAUCGGUUGGUGACCAAUCGAAGCCUAGGGUGUCGAUCGGAGAGAGCUUCCGCGACGGUGGCGAUGGCGAAGAGGUCGGAGGAGGAGAGGGAUUUUAGCGCUUCUUCGGCCGCUUCGGAGGAGAUCGUCACCAAUUCCUUGGAUGAUUUAGCCACCGAGUUGGAACUGAAGAGGAAGGAGCCCAGCAUUUCCACAAUUUUGACGAGUUUCGACAAUUCCUUCGAUCCCUAUGGGGCUUUGAGCACUCCAUUGUACCAAACAGCCACAUUUAGGCAGCCGUCGGCAACAGAAUAUGGUACAUACGAUUACACAAGAAGUGGUAAUCCUACUCGCGAUGCAUUGCAAGGUCUUAUGGCUAAGCUCGAGAAGGCCGAUCAAGCGUUCUGCUUCACUAGUGGAAUGGCCGCUCUCGCCGCCGUAACCCAUCUUCUUGAAACCGGUCAAGAGAUUGUUGCGGGAGAGGACAUAUACGGCGGCUCGGAUCGGUUACUUUCACAGGUGGUUCCAAAGAAAGGGAUUAUUGUAAAUCGCGUAGAUACUUCCGAUCUUUGUAAAGUUGAAAAUGCAAUUGGCCGCUCAACAAAACUUGUCUGGUUAGAAAGUCCAACAAAUCCUCGCCAGCAAAUCGCUGAUAUACGGAAAAUCUCUGAAAUAGCUCAUUCAUAUGGUGCUCUUGUUCUGGUGGACAAUAGUAUCAUGUCUCCUGUGCUUUGUCGUCCCUUGGAACUUGGUGCAGAUAUUGUAAUGCACUCUGCUACUAAAUUUAUAGCUGGGCAUAGUGAUCUCAUGGCAGGAAUCCUUGCUGUAAAGGGUGAAAGCCUGGCAAGAGAGAUUGCAUUCCUGCAGAAUGCUGAAGGCGCUGGAUUGGCACCUUUUGAUUGUUGGCUUUGCUUGAGAGGUAUCAAGACCAUGGCCUUACGUGUUGAGAAGCAACAGGCUAAUGCACAAAAACUUGCUGAAUACUUAUCUACUCAUCCAAGGGUGAAGAAAGUGAAUUAUGCAGGACUUCCCGGUCACCUGGCGCGUGAUUUGCAUUAUUCUCAGGCGAAAGGAGCUGGCUCGGUACUCAGUUUUUUGACAGGUUCGCUAGCUCUCUCAAAGCAUAUUGUCGAGACCACAGAGUACUUCAAUGUGACAGUUAGCUUUGGGAGCGUGAAGUCGCUGAUUAGCUUGCCGUGCUUCAUGUCGCACGCGAGCAUACCCGCUUCAGUUCGUGAAGCACGCGGAUUGACCGAAGACCUCGUUCGCAUCUCUGUGGGCAUUGAGGAUGUAGAAGAUCUUAUUGCUGAUCUGGACUAUGCCUUUAGAACUGGACCUGCGUAAAAUUAGUUUAUAUUCAUUCUUUUUGUGGUAGUAAGCUUAGGGUUUAUGAUGUCGAUUGUAGAUAUACUGCUUGAGGCCUUGUUUGGAUGUCGGAAUAAAUUAUCUUAUUCGAUACAACAAUUUUCUAUUGUGAUCGUAAGAAAGAAGUUUGAUUUUUGUUCCUUAAAAAGUUCUGGGGUCCAUGAUUUG